AGAUAAUCGUAAUUUUUCAAAUAAAUACAACUCCUCAAUCCUUGGCUUUCAUAUUCACUUUUAAAUCGAGUCAGGGAAUUAAUAAUCUAAUUUCGGACUUGACAUUGAAAAAUGUUCUUUUUUGUAGUAUUUUGCAUUGCUCUAGUUGGCUGUAAUGGAGCCUCUAUACCCGAAGAAACCUUCACUCGAGAGGAUUUGGACCUGUUGAUGGUACAAACGUUCGGAGAUUCUGACAAUUUCACUGUGGAAUGCUUGAUCGAUUCGCAAGGUUAUCCAGUCGAAACCCAUCACGUCACAACUUCGGACGGCUACAUUUUAGCUCUCCACCGCAUCCCACACGGUCGUACUUCCAGGAACAAGGGCAAAGUAGCUUUUUUGCAACACGGACUUUUAGCGUCAUCAGCCGAUUGGUGUAUUUUGGGUGCUGGAAAAGCUUUGGCCUUUCAAUUGGCCGAUGAAGGUUACGACGUCUGGCUGGGAAACGCACGCGGUAAUUCCUGGAGCCGGAACCACACGACGCUGAAGCCAUCCGAUAUCGAGUUUUGGGACUUUUCCUGGCAUGAAAUCGGAAUCAUCGACAUACCGACAAUGAUCGAUUACGUACUCGAAACGACCGGUCAAUCUGCAGUGUACUACGUGGGUCACUCGCAAGGUACCACUGCUUAUUACGUCAUGCUGUCCCGGCUACCCGAAUACAACAAGAAAAUUGCGGCUGCAGCUAGUCUGGCACCUAUUGCUUUUAUGAACCAUAUGACCAGUCCGUUGUUGCACAUAUUGUCGUUCUGGACAGGAACCAUGGACUUUUUGUUCAACAUAAUCGGUAUGUACGAAUUCCUUCCAAACGACAACUUCAUGAAACGCGUGAUGAGCGACACCGUCUGCGCCUGUGACACGAUUUCGCAGCUGCUGUGCACCAACAGUUUGUUCGCAAUUUGCGGCUUCAGUAGGUCGCAAAUGAAUACCACUUUGUUGCCCUAUUUGAUGAAAUUCACCCCCGCAGGAUCAUCCACCCAUCAGCUCUUGCAUUACGGACAAGAAAUAAAAUCAGGUCGUUUCCGUCAAUACGACUUCGGUUUACUAUCUAACACAAUCAUAUAUGGUAGACUGACUCCUCCAGGGUACGACCUAAGCAAAGUCACUGCCGCCACUUAUUUGAUCUACAGCAAGAACGAUUGGUUGUCGAGCGAAAAAGACGUGCUGAGGCUUUGUGAUGCGAUGAAGGUUGGAUGUAAAGGAAAAAUUCUGAUGAGUGACUUUGAGUUUAAUCAUUUGGAUUACAUGUUCGGUAUAGACGCGCCCAAAUUGGUUUACAACAAAGUUAUCAGUUUGUUUGCUAGACAUUAAAAUUACGUUGCUUUUAUAAAGUUGACAUUGUGUUUAUUUUGCUCCAACCACCUAAUCUUUAUUGAAAACUGAUUUUAUACUUUUUAACAACAUUCAUCAUUAUCAUGAAUACCAUAAAAUGGGGUGAAAUG